CCAUGGAUCCGCCKCAGCGCGCCGCUUCGGCCUGUGGGGCGUGGCUGUGCGCGGGUGGCCAAUCGCAGAGCGCGCUGCGGAGCCGCGUUCUGGCGGUGAGAGCCGGCUCGUCCGCGCUCUGAGGGCGGUGCUUGCGGCAGCAGUGCAGCUGUCGCGAAGAGGCAGGGCCAGCGACGAAGGGGCUCUCGUGGGGUGGGGUCUAUGGUGGAAGCGCUCUCGAGGACUCUUCGGCCCAGCCAGGCCCGCCGCAGCCAUGAUCCACAGCCUAUUCCUGAUCAACGCCUCGGGGGACAUCUUCCUGGAGAAGCACUGGAAGAGCGUCGUCAGCCGCUCCGUCUGUGACUACUUCUUUGAGGCGCAGGAGCGGGCCUCGGAGGCGGAGAACGUGCCGCCGGUGAUCCCCACCCCGCAUCACUACCUUCUUAGCGUCUACCGCCACAAGAUCUUCUUCGUGGCUGUCAUCCAGAGUGAGGUGCCGCCGCUCUUCGUCAUCGAGUUCCUGCACCGCGUCGUGGACACGUUCCAGGAUUACUUUGGUGUCUGUUCAGAGGUAAUAAUCAAGGACAAUGUUGUGGUGGUUUAUGAGGUGCUGGAGGAGAUGCUGGACAAUGGCUUUCCAUUGGCAACAGAGUCUAAUAUUCUUAAGGAACUGAUAAAACCGCCUACUAUUCUGCGAACGGUCGUCAACACCAUCACAGGAAGCACUAAUGUGGGUGACCAGCUUCCUACUGGACAGCUCUCAGUGGUGCCAUGGAGACGUACUGGUGUAAAAUAUACCAAUAAUGAGGCCUAUUUUGACGUUAUUGAGGAGAUAGAUGCAAUCAUUGACAAAUCAGGUUCCACGAUUACUGCCGAAAUCCAAGGGGUGAUUGAUGCCUGUGUCAAGCUGACUGGGAUGCCAGACCUUACCCUUUCCUUUAUGAACCCUCGGUUAUUGGAUGAUGUCAGCUUUCACCCAUGUGUGCGUUUUAAGCGCUGGGAGUCAGAGAGAAUACUCUCCUUCAUUCCACCUGAUGGAAAUUUUCGCUUGCUGUCUUACCAUGUCAGUGCUCAGAAUCUUGUGGCAAUUCCUGUCUACGUUAAACACAACAUCAGUUUCCGUGAUAGCAGCUCACUGGGACGAUUUGAGAUCACAGUGGGACCGAAGCAGACUAUGGGGAAGACUGUAGAGGGAGUGAUGGUCACUAGCCAGAUGCCAAAGAGUGUCUUAAAUAUGACUCUUACCCCCUCCCAGGGAACCCACGUCUUCGAUCCAGUUACAAAGUUAUUGUCGUGGGAUGUUGGGAAAAUAAACCCCCAGAAACUGCCAAGCUUGAAGGGGAGCGUGAGCUUGCAAGCUGGAACAUCAAAACCAGAUGAAAACCCCACCAUUAAUCUGCAGUUUAAAAUUCAACAGCUGGCUAUAUCUGGACUGAAGGUGAAUCGCCUGGACAUGUAUGGGGAGAAGUACAAGCCAUUCAAGGGGAUAAAAUACAUGACUAAGGCUGGCAAGUUCCAAGUCCGAACCUAGAGGCUUCUGAUAGUGAGGAAGAGCACUUUUCCUGUUUCCCCUGUCCCUUGCUGUUGG